AGCAGGCUCCGUCGGCCGCUGAUGACGCACUCAGCGCUUGACGGACGUGGCUGCGGGGUGGUGUGUGUAUGUGUGUGUGUGUGUGUGUGUGUGUGUGUUUACAUUCAACGGAGAUGAAAAUAAUAAGAAUAAAACAGGUGUGAAUGUUCUGGGAGCGGGUGUGAUCUGACGGCCGCCGGGAGGAUGCAGUUCUGCCGGGAGAAGGUGAAGGCGGACUGCGAGGAGCUGCUGGGCCGCUUCCAGCAGACAGACUCGGUCCGCUUCGAGAGUUUCUCCGCCGUCUGGAGGAGCAUGAAGUUCUCCCAGGUGUUCUAUGGUACCCUGGGCGCGGAGAAGAAGGCCUUCAGCCGGGAGGUGCUGGACACGGCCUGCAGCUUCUUCCUGCCGCCCUUCACCUUCCAGAUCCGAGUGGGCGGCCUCUACCUGCUCUACAGCCUCUACCUGAGCCAGAGCGCCACGCCGCCGCAGCAGAUCCGCCUGGCCCUGAAGGACUGGGAGCACGUGAAGCAGUUUGAGCAUGAUGCGGUGGAGGCUCAGCACCUGGACACCGUCUACGUCCUGCGGCAGCUGCUGCUUCACAAGGCCUUCCACUUCACCGCCACGCCCCGACUGUUGAGCUACCAGAAGAAGAGGAAAGCCAGGCGGCUGCCGGACUGUGAGGCAUUUGUGGAGCGUCCGACUCGCCCGCAGCAGCUGGUCAGCGGCGACCUGCUGGAGGAGCUGUCCAACGUCCAGCAGCACUACGAGCGGCUCAAGGCCUCCAUCUGUGCGGCGCCGGACCAGCCGGACCCGUCGCUCACCCUGACCCGGGGCGACCUGGUCCCCCGGCUGCAGGACGCCGUGUUGGAGUUCCACCGGGGGCAGCGGCUCGAGGCGGCUCCGCGUGAAGACGACGAUGAUGAAAGCGGCGGAGAGGGAACGUCAGCGCAGCUCGAGUGCUCCAGGAGAGCGGAGCUGCUGGCCUCCAUCAAGUCCAAGUCGUACGGCCAGGCGGUGGAGGUGUCCAAGUCGCGGCGUCAUCGUCAGGUGGAGCUGGGCUUGGCCUCUGACAGCGAGACGGCCGCCGCCUCGUCAUCUCACAGGACGCAUAGAAUGUCACUGAAAGCCAGAACCAAUAAGAACGUGCAGAUCACAGGUGAAUUAAAGCAGGAAACCGUCAAGCAGACCAAACUGUGGUGCCUCACCAAACUGGACUCGGCUCCUGAAGAUGUGCCAAGAAAAUUUCCAAAAUUCAAGUGGUGAUGACGGCGCCACGGUCCCGCUGCGUGUCCUGCUGUCAGUUUUAGGAUGAACCGUUGAAUAUUUAAUCUGUUUUAUGUGUUUAAUCUGACAUGGGGUUUGCACCAGGGCUUGCUGGAGGACUGCAAAAAAAAGACAUGUAAAAGAAAAAAUGUGUAUACUUUGUUAUAUUUUAUCCUGAAAUAUUUUAGUUUGAGGUGCGGCAUGAUUUUAUGGCAUUUGCAGCGUGUUUUGUUCAACGUGCUCAUACACAGUUUGAAAAAUAUUUUUUUUAAAAAGCAGUUUAAAAUGUUUCUAGGAUGUUUCCCUGUCUUGCACACAACGCAUGCUGGGAAUUGGACAAAGUGGGAAAAUGGCUGAUGCACUGAUAAAAUAUUUUGGAAGUUUUAUCUCAUAAUCUUUGUAUUUCAUAAAGAAUGUGACAUUUCUGUCAGCACCUGUCGGUUUGUCUGAAGCAUGAAUGUGUGUGUGUGUGUGUGUGUCUGUUUGUGCAGCCUUGCUCCUGCAGGAUUCAGAUUGAAUCUUCUGCUGCAAAUCUUUUAAAUAAAUACACAUUUUUUACAGCUCU